CGCGCACCCCGCGCCGGCCGGGCGGAGGGGAAAGUUGGCGAGCGCGCGGCGUCCGCGGGGGAAAGCGUUAAUGGGCGGCCGGGUGGGAGCCGCGCGCUCGCUCGCCCACGUCACGCCGGUGCGGGCUCGGCUGACGACCGCGGCGCCUGGGGACGCCGGCGCGCUCCGCUCGCUCGCCAGGUGCUCCGCCUGGAGAUGUCUCCAUUAGUUGUCGCCCGCUCCCCGCCGGAGCGCGCGCGCCCAGCGGCCGCGCAGAGCCCUGGCGGGCGGCCGUCCGCGGCCCGGCGCCAACGCAGCGCCUAGACACCGGCGGCCCCGGAGCAGUGACCGCGGCACGCCAUCCCCCUCGCGCAGGACCCCGCCGGCCCCGCCCGCCGCCGACCCCGGGCCGCGCCCGCCAUGUCCUACCCGCAGUUUGGGUACCCCUACUCCUCGGCACCCCAGUUCCUGAUGACCACCAACUCCCUGAGCGCGUGCUGCGAGUCUGGUGGCCGCACGCUGGCCGACUCCAGGCCGGCUGCCUCGGCCCAGGCGCCCGUCUACUGCCCGGUCUACGAGAGCCGGCUGCUGGCCACCGCGCGCCACGAGCUGAACUCAGCGGCGGCGCUUGGCGUCUACGGGGGCCCCUACGGCGGCUCGCAGGGCUACGGCAACUACGUGACCUACGGUUCUGAGGCGUCUGCCUUCUACUCGCUGAACAGCUUCGACUCCAAGGACGCACCGGGAUCUGCGCAUGCGGGCCUCGCUCCGGCUGCAGCCACAGCCUACUACCCCUAUGAGCCGGCGUUGGGCCAGUACCCCUACGACAGGUACGGGACCAUGGACAGCAGCUCGCGGCGGAAGAACGCCACGCGCGAGACCACCAGCACGCUCAAGGCCUGGCUCAACGAGCACCGCAAGAACCCCUACCCCACCAAGGGCGAGAAGAUCAUGCUGGCCAUCAUCACCAAGAUGACCCUCACGCAGGUCUCCACCUGGUUCGCCAACGCGCGCCGGCGCCUCAAGAAGGAGAACAAGGUGACCUGGCCGCCCAGGAACAAGUGUGCGGAUGAGAAGCGGCCCUACGCGGAGGGCGAGGAGGAAGAGGCGGGUGAGGAGGAAGCCAGGGAGCAGCCCCUCAAGAGCGCCAAAGGUGCAGAGCCGAUAGGCAAAGAGAAGGAUCUGGAGCUCAGCGACUUGGAGGACUUCGACCCCCUGGAGGGGGAGCCCCCACAGUGCGAGCUGAAGCCGCCCUUCCAACCCCUGGAUGGAGGCCUGGAUCGAGUCCCCACCGUGCCAGACGGCCCCAGCACCCCAGGGAAGGAGGCUCCGGGCGCCCUCCGGAUGCCCCUGGCCGCCGGGGGUGGGGCCACUCUGGACCAGGACCUGGAGAGGGCCCGGAGCUGCCUCCGGAGCACAGCGGCGGGGCCGGAGCACCAGGCGGGCGCGGGCGCGGGGGUUGGCCCGCAGGCCUGCGAGCCCAAGCUGGGCUUUGCUCCAGCUGGGGCGCCGGCGGGCCUCGAGGCCAAGCCGCGCAUCUGGUCCCUGGCACACACGGCCACCGCGGCCGCCGCCACCGCCCUAGGCCAGACUGAGUUUCCCUCGUGCAUGCUCAAGCGCCAAGGCCCCGCUGGCCCUGCGGCCCCCUCCUCGGCGCCCGCCUCCUCCUCGCCUGCAGCCCCGGCUCCCGCCAGUGCCGUGGACAGGCACCCCCUGGACAGGCACCAGGACUCCCCGGUAACCAGUCUCAGAAACUGGGUGGACGGGGUCUUCCACGACCCCAUCCUCAGACACAGCACUUUGAACCAGGCCUGGGCCACGGCCAAGGGCGCCCUCCUGGACCCGGGGCCGCUGGGCCGCUCGCUGGGGGCGGGCACCAACGUGCUGACGACGCCCCUGGCGCGCUCCUUCCCGCCCGCCGCGCCCCGAGACGCCCCCGCCUCCGGCGCAGCCAAGGAGCUGCUGGCCACGCCCAAGGCCGGCGGCAAGCCCUUCUGCGCCUAGCUGUCCGGGUGCCUGGGCGAGGAGGCCGCCUGCGCUCGGGGCUGCGGGCUCCAGAGGGGCCGACUGUUUUUCUACCGAGUUUCCAAAGUGAGGCAAGAGCUCGGCAAAGCUCAGGCCGCCAACGCACUCUGGAGGGAAGAUCUGAACUCGGGCUCCCGGGGCCACGGACAAGCCCCCGGAGCGCCCCCGGACAGGAGUCCUCCCGGCCGUGCCAAACUCGGGGACAGGGCAGGAUAGGGCUGCUGUCAGAGCAGCAGGGAAACACCCCGAAGCAAAAAGUUUACGUCCGAGAGUUUACACACAGAAGACGUUUCCGUUCCGAGGCCUGUUUGCGUACCUGUCUCCUUUGGGGUUUGAGGCUUUUGCCGCUGUCCCUUGUGAAGACUCCUCAGCCUGCUGACCUUCCGAUUUCAUGCUCAGCACAUACUUUUCACCAACAGCACUUCCCAGUUUACACUAUUGCACACUCUUAACUCGAUAAAAUUAUGUUUUUUUAAUGUAUGUUCACACCAAUAAUUGCCUGCUUCAGAGGCUAAUAUAACAAAACCAAUAAAACCGAGUGAUGGUGUUUGCAUUGCAAAA